UCAAUGGUCAUGUGAUCAGCUGUGUCCAAUCACAGCCGAUUGCAUGGGACAUGUACACUGCUUAUCAGGGCACUGAUGAUCAGUGUGCCCUGAUGAUCUGUGUAGCCCCAGCAGUGCCACCUGUCAGUGUCCAUCAGUGCCAGCUGUCAGUGCUCAUCCAUGCCACCUGCCAGUGCCCAUCAGUGCCACAUCAAGUGCCCCAGAUCAGUGCCUACCAGUGCACAUCAAUGCCACAUUCCUUUCAGUGCUGCCAGUCAGUGCCACCUAUCAGUGCCACCUAUCAGUGCCAGUCAGUGCCGCCUAUCAUGUGUGCAUCAGUGCUGCCUAUCAGUGCCUGUCAG